AUGCGACCGACUGGACGAGUUUCGUUUAUUCAUUCUAAAGACAACGCUCUUCUGAUAUCAAAAAAGGCUGGGAAAUCUGGGAAGCAAGAACAAACCACUCUAUUGGACAUUUGUCGCACUGCCACCCCAGCAAAAUGUACCCUCAACCCAUUCCUCUUCAAUGGUCAUCUGCAGACGGCCUGGACGGCAGUGAAAUAUGAUGGUGUUCCAGUGUACUAUAAACGCUGGGUCUUUGAGGCGGAAAAUUCCACCUUUAAUGGGCAUUUUGCCGUGGAUUUUGUCGUGGAGCCAUACACCGUCCCCAAAACUGGCCAGGCUGCCGACGAAGAGAGGAAAUACACUCAGCCCUCAGGCUUGCCGGAACGAACGUCAUUUUUCUCAGAGGGUGAGUUCUCCGCCCUUUCUUCGGAUGAUACCAAGCCUAUGCUGGUGGUUCUUCAUGGCCUCAGUGGCGGUUCUCAUGAAAUCUACCUGCGUCAUGUUGUCGCACCUCUGGUUGCCGAUAAAGGUUGGGAGGCAUGCGUUGUCAACUCCAGGGGCUGCUCUCGGACCAAGAUUACCACGGGGAUGCUUUAUAAUGCUCGUGCUACGUGGGAUGUUCGUCAGACCGUGAAAUGGCUACGCAAGACGUUCCCAAACCGUCCUCUGUUCGGGAUUGGGUUCUCUCUUGGUGCCAAUAUCCUCACUAACUAUUUAGGCGAAGAAGGCGAAGCUUGCGAGUUGAAGGCUGCCGUUCUCUGCGCAAGCCCUUGGAAUCUGGAAGUUGGCUCUGUCAACCUGCAAAGCACUUGGAUGGGACUUGAGGUCUAUAGCAAAGUAAUGGGCUCAAGCAUGAAGCAGCUCUUCGAACAGCAUGUGGAAGAAGUCUCCAAGAACCCUCGGCUUGAUGUGGAGACUGUGCGAAAAGUUACUUAUUUGCAUGAGUUCGAUCGGGCCGUACAAUGUCCACUUUGGGGUUAUCCCACAGAGGGCGCCUAUUACCGUGAUGCCACUUCCACUGAUUCCAUGCUUGCCAUUAAGAUCCCCUUUUUUACUAUACAGGCAGAGGAUGAUCCUAUUGCCUCCGUUAAGGCACUCCCAUUCGAGGAGAUCCAACGAACCCCUUAUGGAGUCAUGAUGACCACGUCGUGGGGUGGGCAUCUAGGAUGGUUUGAACUUGGAGGAGACAGGUGGUUUGUUAAGCCAGUAAACAACUUUCUUAAUCUAAUGGCCAAAGAAGUCGACCUUGAAACUCCUUUCAUGGUCCAAAAUCCAGAAAAUAUUCCCAGCCACAUCGAUCUUGAACGGCCUGGGGGAGAACCCAACACGACUCCCAAACCGGAGUUCAGCCCAAUGCGGCGUAAACUAGGCUUAAAAUUGGCCCAGUCGGCUUAG